UAGGUGGUAUCGCGGCCCCCGCGACUAUGACUAUUAAUUGGCGCUUGACAUAUGUUUCACCGGAUUCGUUUCCUUCUUGUCGCUGAGUGUUCUAACGACAUGUUUAUAUUAAACGUUAUUGUAAUACUCAAUGUGUAUAAUAUGUACCUACCGUAUUUGUCAAACGUCAUUAGUCGUCUGCAGUCAAUGAUUCACAUAAACGGUGAAAGUAGUGCGGACUGCGGACGCAUGACACUUAGAUACCUAUAGCUUUCUACGCGGUAAACAUUUUAAAUAUUAUUAUUAUUCUACGUUGCUCGGACCAAAGUCCGGGAGACUUGACGAAAAAUAAAUAGUCCAAAAAAACGUCCUUUGGCUUUCCCGAGAUCUUAGUUUUGCUUUUCGUGAUCUAUUUUAACCGCGACAAUUUAUUAUUACACGCUUUAUAGCCCAAAUUAUAUUUUUAGAAUUUCGACUUUUUAUGAUUGCUCACGGCCAAUUCUGACCAGAUGUCCGAUAUAAUAUAAACAGAUCUAAAUACUUUGUUUUUUUUUUUUGCGUACAAAGAAGAAAUCUUGUUUUUAUUUGUUUCCUGUUUACAUUAUAGGUUUAUACAGAAUAAUCAAUUAACGUUUUGUAAUGAACACAUUAUCGGAGUCUGAUGUCAUUGACGAAUCUCUCAAUGUUCCUGAAAUUACCCAAAUGGCUAAUGAUAAUGAGUUGAUAUUAUCGCCAAAAAAACAUCUGGUCUGCUUUGCUACUGUCAAAGGAGACUGUUUAGUAACAAAAAACGGUGCAUCAUAUGCUGGUAUUAAGGAGUGCCUGCUCAGUGAACGAAUGGUCGAUAAAGACGAACCAAUUGAAACUCAAAUCAUAGAUUCUGCAGUUCCUGACCCUGAUAUUGAUAGUGGAAUGGAAUCUUCAGCAUCUAGCUGGGAUAGAUCAGUUAAUGAAGUAAAAGAACAUGCAUUUGCUAGGCUCGAGGAAGAAUUAAAAAAAGCCAAUGAAACAUUAAAACUUAGGGAUGAAGAAGUAUCGCGUUUAAGUAGAAUACGUGCUGAUGUUGAAUCAGAAUUAGAAGAAUUGACUGCUAGUCUAUUUCAAGAAGCUCAUAAUAUGGUAAAAGAAGCAAAUUUACGUCAGGCAGCUGCAACAAGAGCAUUAAAAGAAUCUUCAAUGAAAGUGGAUGUUUUAUCUGCAGAAGUGACAGCAUUAAAAACUCUUGUAUUAACUUCUACACCAAGUCAUCCUAAUUUAUCAAGAGAAGACAGUAUCUCAAUGCCAGGAGGACUAAGUGGAGUUGGAUUAUUUUAUCGUAAACAUAAGAGAUCUCCUUCGCACAAUAACUUAAAGUAUGGCCGAGAAAAUUCGCCACCUGAUUCUCCGCUAAAGCAAAAGUCUAACCAAGCAGUAACAGACAUAGAAACUUUAGACAUAUCUAAUAGUGCUGAGAUUGAUCCAAAUGUGCAUCGUGAAUUUGUUCUCUGGAUGAAAUCACCUACUUUAGACAAAUCAGAUGCCUUCAUAAGUAGAAUAUACAGAGAAGAUAUCGAUCAAUGUCUGGAAUUUAAUAAUUCAACUUUGGCAAUGGAUGUUAGAAAUGCAAUAGAAUCUGGGAAUCUUUUUAUUGAAUCUAUGGACAAGUCAAAAUCUCAUUUUCCAAAAAAAUGUGCUCUAAUGGAAUUGCCAUUGUUAUGUCUCUAUAGAAUGAAUUUAGGUGGAGCAGAUAGCGAAUGCUAUUGCAUAUCACAAAUUUGUCGAAAUAGAAUUACAGCUGUAUGUGAUUUCCUCAACUAUCUCAGAUACAUUCAAAGAGGCUUGGUCAAAAGUCUAGAAAACGAUAUGUACUGGGAAAUCGUAAGACUGCGAAAACAAAUGAUGUUGGCUAAGUUGGGUCUAGCUUUGACAUCGUAGUAUUGGUAAUGUAAGCAAUAAAAAAAAAAAAUGUGCUGGUUAUAAAAAAAAGAAAACCAAAGUAUGUAAUAUUAUUAUAGUAACAUUAUUGAAUCACGGUCAAACGUACUAAUAAUACAAAUGUAACGUGUAAUUUUUGUGAUCAUAUCUUGUGAUUUUUUUUAGAUUUUAUUUGAUAGUAAAUAUAUACACAUUAUGUAUAAUUUAAAUCUGUUGAUAUUGUGGAUUGAAAGUGCAAGACCCCUUGUAGUACAUCUAUAAGUCUUAUAAUGAAAUAUCUAAAACAACAGUUAAAUGUUAAGAUAUUUUAAAGCCUCUCUGGCCACCACCCACCUAUCUACUUAGUUUUUAUAUUUUUACGUAUCUCUGUGCAACUAUAAAUUUUUAUUAUUAAGUGAUAAAAAAUUAUACUUUUACCAUAAUUGUAUUUAGGUAGGUACACGCAAUUGUCUUGCCAAUUGAUGUGAAUGUGAUUUAAUAUUAUAAUGUAUAAGGCAGUUAAUAUAUUUUGUAUUACUUACUGAACAAAUAGUUUAUAAUUGUUUACGAAAGAUCUGAAAUGGUGAGAUAUAUUUUAUAUUUUUUGUUUUUUUAUAAAUAUAUAUAUAUAUAUUUUUAUGUAUUAAUUUGUAUACUUUAAUAGUAUAUUGAUAUAAUUUGUGUGUAAAACAUUAUAAUUAUACAAUAUAUUUCAAAUAAUAAAUAAUAAUAAAAAAAAACAUUUUAAUGCAAUAAAUCGAAUUAUUAAAAUAUUAAA